UGACUAGUACUGUGAAGCCCAUUUGGCUGAGAUGGAAGGCAAUAAGAAUAAGGGUAACCUUGUACUGGAAUCAAAUAUCUCCUUUAGUGAAAAAGAUGCUGGGAUUCUGGGAGGAAAGGAAAGAGAAGGAAACAAUAAGAAAUUGCAGGAAGCAUCUUUGGACUCCACUCCAUAUUCUCCAACUCCCCAUUGGCCUGCAUCCUCCUUCCAGACCCCAGAAAAGACCUUUUGGCUUGGAUCUCCAUUGACAAACGAGGUUUUUGAGAGCAUUCCCCUAAGGAUCUCCAGUCAAGUUACACCGCCUCUCAGAAGUUUCAGAGACAGUCCUGACCAGAAGGCAAAUGGCUCCUUGGGGCUGAGUCCUUUGUCACAAUCUUUCAAUGGCAUCUCUAGAACCCCAGUAGUAUCCUGGAAAAACUUGCAACUUUGUGACUCUCCAUGUACCCCCAAGAGCCUGCUGACAAGUAAUGUGUGUUCCUCUGGAAAGCCAGCUACAAGAAAUUCUAAGCAUGCCCGAUGUACAUCUGCCAUUAGCACAUAUCAGAUGUCUUCACCAGUUCAGGUCAAUGUGAACCCAUUCACCCCAGAAUCCUACAGGAGGAUGGUCUCCCAGUCCAGUGGCAAGAGGAAAAUAAGGGAAGAGCCUCAGGAAUCUGACUUCUCUGAAGACAAUGAAGAGCAAGGGCUUCCUGCCAAGAGAUAUGUCACAAGAGAAAGCAACAUGAUUUCCCGAUAUGAAAAGGAAUUCCUGGAGUUAGAAAAAAUUGGGGUAGGAGCAUUUGGUUCUGUCUACAAGUGCAUCAAGAGGCUGGAUGGAUAUAUUUAUGCUAUUAAACGCUCAACAAGACGUUUGGGAGGAUCCACAAAUGAACCCUCAGCUCUGCGAGAAGUUUACGCACAUGCAGUGCUGGGACAGCAUCCCCACGUUGUCCGUUAUUAUUCUGCAUGGGCGGAGGAUGACCAUAUGAUCAUUCAGAAUGAAUACUGUAAUGGUGGGAGCUUGCAGGCUGCUGUGUCUGAAAAUGAGAAACUUGGCCGUUUCUUCCAAGAGCCAGAACUCAAGAAUAUGCUCCUACAAAUCUCCAUGGGGCUAAAGUAUAUCCAUCACUCAGGCCUGGUGCAUCUGGACAUCAAGCCCAGUAACAUCUUCAUCUGUAAAAAGCAAGAAGAUGAUAUCCCAUAUGUCUCAGAAGAAGGGGAGAAUGAAGAUGACUGGUUUCUUUCUGCUAAAGUGAUGUAUAAAAUUGGUGAUUUGGGCCUUGUUACUUCAAUCCAGAGCCCCCAAGUAGAGGAGGGAGAUAGUCGCUUCUUGGCCAAUGAGAUUUUACAAGAGGACUAUCGAUUCCUGCCCAAAGCAGAUGUGUUUGCCCUUGGAUUGACAAUUGCUGUAGCUGCAGGGGCAAAGUCAUUACCAGCCAAUGAUGAGCCUUGGCAUCAUAUCCGUAGAGGCAACCUUCCAGCUCUUCCACAGAAGCUCUCCAAAGACUUUUACAAUUUGCUUAAGUUUAUGAUCCAUCCUAAGCCAGAAGAGAGGCCAACAGCAGCAGCUUUGGUUAGGAACACAGUCAUCAGACCAUUUUUGAGUAUAACUGCAAAGCUUCAGAAGGAGCUGGACAGAGAAAAAUCUAAGACGGCUAAAUUAGAGAGGGAACUGAAAGAAGUUCAUCUUGCCCAGAGCCACCAAGAAGAUACCAGUCAACGUUCUCUUGCACUUCUUGGGUUCCUCACCAAAACUAGGUCAAGUAGCUCCAGUAGAUUGGUGGGAGGGAAAGUCAAAAGAUCACACAGUUUCACUUUUGGAAAAUCUCAGUAAGCCUAGACCUGUUCAUCUUCCACAUAACCUCUGGAAGAGCUCCAUUUAGUGCUAACCAGUCCCACUUUGAAGGUAGGCUCUAGAAACAUUUGAUGAUUCCUCCAAACUGAAACUUGACACCAAUUAUUGCUGCUCUAAAAUGGAAAAGUAGCCAGUAGGAAUGAUUGCAACUUCCCGAUACAUUCUGGAUUUUGUAUGCUAGGUCUAGUUUUAACUAUAAAGGUAUAUUGGCUUUUCAACUGGAUACAGACUUGGAAAAAAAAUCAAUUGGUAGGCAUUUCUUUCUGCCUACCCUUCCACCCCUAGAUGCCACUAUUCAAUAUAUUUGAGCAAAGGCAUAAAAGAAUUUUUGGAUUCUAAGAGACGAAAUGAUGAAAUGGCAAGAUAUUUAAAUGACUUUCCAGGCUGAGAGAUGGUUGUCGGAUCACUUUCAAAAAGAUCCUUGGAAGAUAUUUUGCCUAGAGAGAAAUGGAAUCUUUGUCUUGUGCUUAGAUUUUGGAAAUAAGGUUAAUAGACUUUAGUAAUGCCUGAUCCCAACAAUUCCUAAUGGGUUUGGAACUAGUGAUUCUUCUAAUAUGUUUUUUUGAGGGAGAGAACAUUUUCUGUUCUUCCUAUAGUUAUAUGAAUAGUCUAGCCUUUAAUUGAAAUGGGAAGUUAUAUUUGCAAAUAGGAAUACCUGUGAGAUUGCCAACAAGCUGUGAUGAAACAUUGGAAGAGGAAUCUGAUUUUGCUGUCUUGUCACAAUUUUACUCUUUCUUUCUGGUGUUUGGCUUUAAUUUCCCUCUCCCUUUUGAAUCACUAGUUUCUUUUGAUUUUAAAACUUGAAUUUGGCUUUGUUCCUAGUGAUUUUUAAAAACAUUAAUUUUAUUCAAGUGUUUCCCCUUUCCAUCUUUUUUUAAAUGAAUAGAACAUUUGUAAAUAAAGGUUUUAUUUUUCCAAAGCCAAAUAUGGGAAAAUUCUCUUCUUUUGGACAGGAUAGUCAGUAACUUGAAAAAUCAUUGACAGAAGCAUUUUUAAUUCAUUUGGAUAAGGGUUUAAGAAGCUGAUAAUGAAAAGUAUUUACAAUAUUUUUACACUCUUAAAAAGCUGACAACUAGGCUAUAUUCUAUGUAUUAUAAUCUGCAUAAACAUUUGAUAAAAUGUAUUUGGAAAUAUCUCCAGGUCUAAAGAAGACAGAUGUUAAUUGUCUAAAUGUUAUUUAUUAGAAUAUAUCCAUCCGUUUUUUUUUUCUUUGUGUUGUUCAGUCAUUCAGUUGUGUCUGACUCUGUGUGUCCAUAGACUUUGUCCCUAGGGUUUUCUUGUCAAAAAUAAUGCAAUGGUUUGCUAUUUCCUUCUCUAAUAUGUCUUCAUUUUACAAAUGAGGAACUGAGGCAAAUAGGCAAUAAAUGACUUGCCACAGGGUCUACAGCUAUAAGUGUCUGAGGCUGGAUUUGAACUCAGUUCUUUCUGAAUCCAGACCUGAUGCUCUAUACAUUAUAUGAACUCACUGCCUCUCCUUUUUCCUAUAACCAUUCCCAUUUUCAGAAAGAAAUUGAGAAAGAAGUCCUGAAGUAAUUUUUCUCCCUUGCUAUAAAAUAACUAGAUAAAGAAAUGAGGCAAGGUAUACUCUACACUAGAUGUGUUUCAAAACUGGGAUUCCUUUUUAAAAAAAAAUUAUUAAGUGCUAUCUAAGGAUAAAUAAAGAUAUCGGGGGGGUAUUUUUUUGGGUUCUCACUUCCUUCCCACCAUUCUUUGGUAUGCCCUGCUUUCCCUCAAUUCCUCCAACCAUUUUCUUUUUGUUCACAUUCAAAUAAUUUAGAUGAUAUACUUGCUAUGUAAGAGAAUUAAGGACAGAAGAAGGGAUAAUGUCACAUGUACUGUGCACAAGGAGCCCUGAUUAUAUUUUUGUUUUAUUGCUCUUAUAAGUACGGGAAUAAACAAAGGAUCUGUAA